AUGAAUCCUCUCCGACCGCUGCGUCCGCGGCCAGUCCCGGCCGCCGGAUCGCCCAUCAACGACCAGAGUGCCGACGUAAGUCGCCUGGGUGUCCAUCGUGCCCCGAGACAGCGCAAGACGAACAGCGCCUGCGAUCCUUGUCGAAAGCGCAAGACCAAGUGCGAUGGGAAACUGCCCCGAUGCCUCAUGUGCGAGCAUAGGGCCGAGGCUUGCGCUUACACGUACAGCAUUCGGCAUCGUGUCACCGUCACCGAAGGGGAAGACUCUAGGGGCCGUGGCUCGAGCGAGAUGCUCGACUCCCUACGGACGCUUCCUCACGAGCAGGCCCUCGAACUAUUUUCCAAACUUCGCAAUGAACCCAGCAGCCCAUCCCUUCUCGUCUCGGCCUUAUCCGAGAAGAGUUAUCCCCGAAGACUGCUUCCGCCCUCCCAGAAAAGCUUGAGCUUUGAGCUCAACCUGCGGUACCCUAUUGCUUAUCCGACCUUGUUCCCAGUUUCGUACAAGGACCUGCCCCGUGGGGAGAUGCUCAAAUCCAUAUCGACUCCCUGGCUGCUCGGGGAGCAGAUUUUAUCUCCAGGUCAAGACCUUCAACCCAAAUAUCCCUACAUGAUCCCGGACCGAGAAGACGAGGAGUCCGGGCCCGAGGCAGCUUCUCCGGCCCUGGAUGAUGACGACGACCCACCUAGCACCUUGUUCGACGAACGCCUUCGUCUUGUAGACAUUUCCAAGUGGACGCCGGUUGCUAUCCCGAAUGACCUUGCCAUUCAUACGAUAUCACAUUACUUCGAGAACGACUACGCGACUAUUCCCCUGUUCAGCGCCGACCUGUUUAUACAAGACCUCGUCAACGUCCAAUGUUCCUUUUGCUCCCCCUUCCUCAUCACGGCCAUUCUAUGCUGGGCCUGUCAAGCGUUUACACCGCUACACCCCGAUGCCGCUGCCUACAGCGUGGCGUUCUUUACGCAGGCGCAACAGCAUUUCUUAGAACAGCCCCAAGCGAACAGCCUCACGACCAUUGCCGCCCUCCAGAUACUUGGCAUGUGCGCCGCCACUUAUGGAAAAGACGAUAUGAGCCUGCAGCUCCUGCAGGAAAGCGCCAGGCUGUGUAGGCUGAUGGGCCUGUUCGAUGUGACACGCCAGUCCGAGUCUGCCGAGAUGUGGCUGGGCAACCACGAAGACUGGGCGAGGACGGCGUCCUAUACGGCCUGGGGGGUGUACAACUGGGUCUCAGUGUACUCCCUCCAUUACCACAUCUUCGAGAUCACAACGCCGCCGCUGCUUCCCAAGCCUCGAGAUCUGGUCUCCGCCCUCCCUGCGAACAGUUCCACGGCGCUGCACGCAGAGGUGGUUAGCGCAUCGAGCGACAUGUGGGUCACCUUCAACGUCGUGGUGCGAAGUUUAUACAGCGCCCGGGACCAUACUCCAUCACAGGAGGCACCGUUGAAGUUGGCAGAAGAGACCUACCAUCGGCUGCUUCAAUGGACUAGCGGGCUUCCUACCCAGUUGGCUAGGGCAGAGGAGAUGGGUCAUAAUGUCAUGAUGAUGCACAUCUACUUCCACGCCAUUAUAACCGAUCUCUUUCGCCCUUUUCUCGACUCUUCGCUGGGAAGCGAGCGGCUGUCCUCCUUUUCAACAGAACUGGCCACUCCAGAAGCAGUGUACACGGCUUCCGUGGAACAGCUCAAACGUCUCCUCCUCCUCUACCGGCUGCGUUACAGACACGCCAGCUUCUCGGUACUCUGGCAAACGGCCAUCAUAUACGUCGCCAACGCCAUGAUACGCGAGGCCGGCGUGGCGGCGCAGGACCCCGACGCGGCGCCGCCCAGCGAGCAGGAGUGGGGCUUCUACCUGGACCUCUGCCUGGUCGGGCUCGAGGACCUGUACGUAUCCUUUCGGGUGUUCGGCCCCAUCGCCCAGGGUAUCAUGAGCAUGGCGCUGCGGAACGCGGCGAUCCCAGCCGAGAAGGCGGCGCGGGUGCUGAGGCAGCUCGGCAAGAUAGAAAAGCAGCACAACGCGAGCCAGGGCAUGGCCGAUAAGGCAGAGACGCGGUGCAUUGUUGACUUGGACCUGGCCUUGACUGACCCCGAGGCCGCACAAGGACAGAACCUGGUGGAGCAGCUCGCGGAGCUGAUGUUGGACGAGAUGGGGCCGCAUGCUGAGCGAGAGGGAAGCGGCUCGUGA